CAACGCAGGCAGUCAUCCUGUAAAUAUUUCCGAGCAGAAAAACAUAACAGCGGAGCGAACACUCAAUUGUUUUCCCUGCUUAUCUCUCUGGGACAGUAUCCUGCUUUUUUGAAGGCAGGGCUUUCGGUGACACACAGCUUCCUCCUCAACCUUCUCAACAGCGGUGACUUCACUUCCCAAAUUUAGAGGAAAGAAAAAACUCAAUCCGGCAAAAGUGUCUCUUUCUCUCCGCCACAUACCGGGGGCUGGAAUUAACACAGAAGAGUGUCAUGUUCGGGAUAUUGUCGGGGUCCGCUGAAAAUUGCGCAAAAUGGACGGAACUAUUAAGGAGGCGCUAUCAGUGGUGAGUGAAGACCAAUCCUUAUUCGAGCCCCCGUACACUGCUGCUGCCCCUCUCCCCAAGACAGACAUGACUGCAUCUGGCACACAGGACUAUGGCCAGACCCACAAAAUCAACCCUUUACCCCCACAACAGGAGUGGAUCAACCAGCCAGUGCGGGUCAACGUCAAGAGAGAAUAUGAGCACAUGAAUGGAUCCAGCAGAGAGUCUCCUGUAGACUGCAGUGUGGGUAAAUGUAAUAAGCUGGUGGGCAGUAAUGACACUUCAUCUCAGAUGAACUAUGGAAACUACAUGGACGAGAAAAACGCCCCUCCCCCCAACAUGACAACCAAUGAGCGGAGGGUCAUUGUACCUGCUGACCCGUCAUUAUGGUCCCAGGACCACGUGCGCCAGUGGCUCGAGUGGGCGAUCAAGGAGUACGGCCUGUUAGAGAUCGAUACGGCCAUGUUUCAGAACACAGACGGCAAAGAGCUCUGCAAGAUGGGCAAGGACGACUUCCUCCGGCUCACCACCAUGUACAACGCCGAAGUGCUUCUCUCUCAUCUCAAUUACCUCAGGGAAAGUAGCUCAUCAUUAUCCUACAACACACCAUCUCAUGCAGACCCAUCCCCUCGCCUGGCCGCCAAAGAGGACCCUUCAUAUGAUGCUGUACGGCGAACAGGAUGGUCAAACAACAUGCACAGUGGCAAAGGCUCACCAGUUGUUACCCAGAAUGUGACUAAGACCGCAGAGCAGCCCAGAGCUCAGCCAGAUCCUUACCAGAUUCUGGGUCCAACCAGUAGUCGUUUAGCCAAUCCAGGCUCAGGUCAGAUCCAGCUGUGGCAGUUCCUCCUGGAGCUCCUGUCGGACAGCGCCAACGCUGGCUGCAUCACUUGGGAGGGCACCAACGGAGAGUUCAAGAUGACGGACCCGGACGAGGUGGCGAGGCGCUGGGGCGAGCGCAAGAGCAAGCCCAACAUGAACUAUGACAAGCUGAGCCGUGCGUUGCGCUACUACUAUGACAAAAACAUCAUGACCAAGGUGCACGGCAAGCGCUACGCCUACAAGUUUGAUUUCCACGGCAUCGCUCAGGCCCUGCAGCCGCACCCCACCGAGUCCUCCAUGUAUAAGUACCCCUCGGACCUGGCCUAUGUGCCUUCCUACCACGCCCACCAGCAGAAGGUCAACUUUGUAUCCCCACACCCUCCAUCCAUGCCUGUCACUUCCUCCAACUUCUUUGGACCCACUGCUCCGUACUGGAGCUCACCCACUGCAGGCAUCUAUCCCAACCCAAACGUUCCCCGCCAUCCUAACACCCAUGUGCCAUCACACCUCGGUAGUUACUACUAAACAACUCUCUGUCUGUCCAUACAACUCCUUUUUAAAAAAUGUCCUUACCCUCCCCAACACAUUCCACAAUUGCUGACCUGCACUCCAAAUGAUGCUGAACCAAUGAAGACUUUGUUGAAAGAGAAUAUUUUCCAUAUGAAGAAAUGUUUCCUCCUGAAUGAAGGAUGGUUAAAUUGAAGGAUUUUUUUUUUAUUAUUAUUGUAAGAAUCUAUAAACAACUGGAUGCUAUGGUCCAAAAAUGGAAUACUACUUACCUUUACAAGACUAGUGUCUGUUUUUUUUAAAUGUUUUUCAGAUAUGAAUCUGAGUUUCCUGUGCCUUCUCUUUCAUUGUUCACCAGAAAUACACCACUAGGUGUUCCUAACCCAAAGCCUUUCCAACCCAAAGCCUGAGGCCAGGGUGAACAACUCAAGUCUGUCUGCCUCUUUGCAAUACAACCGUGCCAGACAUGGGCCUAAUAUUUAUGGGUCUCAAUCUACAUCCUCAGUACAUUAUGUACAUAACGCUUUAAAGCAUCUGUUUUUUUUCCCGCUUGUCUACAGCCUUGUUGGGAUUUCUUAUUCCCACGACGUCCAGCCGUCUGUUUCCACUGUCUCUGUCUGCUUGUCUGUCCAACUGCAUCUUUUUAUGUGUGUGUGGAGAGUCUUCUGAAAUUCGCUGGACAAGGAGAAGCUCUCGAAGAGAUGGACUUUUCUCAGCACUGAAUGAAAUGUGGCAACUGGAAAUAUGCCAUUCACAUUUUAAUUUAUCCUCCAAACUGGAAGGCUAGAGAAGAGUUAAAUGCCAGUGAAGGAAGCGCUGUAUUUUUUGCUGACCUGGGUCAACCUAGUUACUGAAAAUGCUCUCUGUGUGUUGUGUGUGUAGUUCAAGGUGGCUGAUGUAUACAGUUGACUCCACUGUGCUGGGGAUGCUGGGGCAAGAUGUAAUUGAAGUAAUUUGCAAGAAUAAUUCAACCCAGGUCAGAUGUUUUUUUUCUUUCAGGGGGCCACACACUAGGCUAUUAAAUUUGUUGCCAUGUUGUUGCCUUCCAGCCAUGCCAUUUCCAGAUGUUUUGUUGCUCGACCGUGUCAGUAUUAAUGUGAAUGUCUUCUGGUUUGUGAAACACGUGUAAAAGGGAUACCCUGCAGCAAAAUCAAAAUUUGUCAGAUGUUGUUCUUUUGUGAAAUCAGGAUAAGAACACCCUUUAUUUGUAACUACCGGUUUGCUGCUCACAUCUAAAUCUGAGACAAAAAAGGCCCUUUUUUUCCAGAAGUGAGGAUUUAGAUGUCAACAACAUCAUAAGUUUUUUUUUUUUUUUUAUCUUUUUUUUUUUUUUUUUUAUCGUAAGAGGCUAACAGUGCCAUAAGUGCGUCUUUUUAAAGUAUGUGUUAUAAAGAUAAAUAUAUCCCUUACACUGCUUUAACUGCUGAUUAUAUCAUGUUUUUCUAUUCAUUGGACAAAAACUGCAUUACAUGAUAAAAAUGCAUAAUUGGAUACAUAUUUACUAAAAAUCUGACAACUUUUGAUUUUGUAGUGAACUCUUGACAGUGAAGGCUGCCACACGGUCUCCUUCCUCUCUUCAGGCCAGUCAGUACCGUACAGGUCAGUACAGAGUAGAGGCUUUGCAGUAAAUCCUGUUUAUAGACAGUCAAGUUGCAUUUUACCAGGGCUGGAUCCUAGUUUUACGAGCAGCAUGUGUAUUUGAAUGUUAGUUUGUCACUGAUCUUAAGCCCAGCCAAAUGCACAUGAAUCUCAAGUCAGGAUUUCAUUAUGUCAAAACAUAUCCAUCUUCAGGUGUUCAUGGCUGCAAAUGUAUUCCUUUUUGGAAAUAAAUUACUUAGGACUAAGUAGUUUAUCAGAGAACAAAAACCAGCAAAGUAUGACAAGAUUUAACAAAGAAAUCCUCAGAUUCGCAAACGCUGUGCGUUUGUCAGACCUAUUUUGUAUUAUUUUAUAAGCAUCAGACAACUAGGCAUUAAAGCAACUUACUGUAUAAAUUAUGCAGAGUUAUUUUCAUAUGUGACACAGUAUAAAAAGUCAAGAGAAUUAAUACGAGUUGACCUCGGUCAAAAAAUGCAAAAGUCCAUUUCUGCUAAGUAGUUUGUUCAGCAUUUUAAGCAUUUUUUUUUAUAUCUGUACAUUUGGGCAAUACAUGUUACAAUUUUUGUUUUCUUGUAAUUGUUAUUAUGAGUUCUGAAAUUUGGUUGGAACAUCCUAAGUGACCUAAUGUACAGAAAGUAUUUUCUUUCUUUUCCAAAACUCAAAUAUCCUGCUUGAAACAUUAACCAAUAGCCAGGGAUUCCUUUACUCUAUUAUGCAACAUGUGUUCAUGAUGGAUCUUUUCCAUCGUGAACACCCUUUUUUAUGCCAAAAAGCCCUGGGAUCGGUUGCUUUUUCUGUUUAGUCAAGAACUUCAGGUAUUGUAUGCAAAUUAAUACAAACAUUAUUGCGAUUCAAAACCGGCCUCUCCUGAAAAUGUACAGCUUUACAGAACAAAUACAGAGGAGAUGUGUUGUUUGCAGCAUCAAGGAAUUAUUCUAAUGAACCCUUAACUUUCAUGUUUCACAAGCAUUAUUGAAAAGGAUCUGUGCUACUUCCUAUAUGCAAUGUAUUUUGGAUAUCGAAAAUAUAUAUAUAAAAUAUAUGUGUAUAAUUUUACAAUUAACCAAUGUAUUAUUUUUAUUGUCAUUCCUGCAAUGUAUGAAGUAAUACCUUUUGAAAAAGGGCUUUUGUAUAGGAAAUGUGACAAAAUAAAUGUUUUUACCUCUCAA